AUUGUUUGAGCAUGUAGGAAUGGAUCAUUCUGUUAAAGGGAAGACAGCUUCUCCUAUGCCAUCCUGGAGAAGGUAAUGGACUAUUCCAGUUGUCUGCACUGGCAGGUUAUUGGACUGUGGGCUGAAGGGUGGUAUGGAAUGCCAAUAUAAAUAGGACUGCAGAGCCUAUACACCCUGCUGGACAGCCGGUGUGUGGCACUAGAGAGUGACAGUUAAUCCUAAGCAGGAUUACAUGGGAGAAAUGGUUUCAUUUCACAUUAAGCUACUAAGAAUCAGAGGUUUCAGCUAAGUAAAGUGUAUCAGAUUCAACAGAUGUGAUGGAGAUAAUGUUAUGUUAUCUUCAUGCAUAGAUGUAGCUUUUACUGUUGUAGACCUGAGCAGUAUUGUGAACUGAUAAAGGCAUCAUCUGAAAAUUCUUUCUUUGUUGAUGAAAGCUGUAAUAGCUUCUAUAUGCUCUGCAUAGGCUAGAGAUUUAAAUUCCUUUACCUAGGAAAUAUUUUCAGUUUUCAAGAUAGCCAGUCACAAGGCACUAUUUUAAAAUUAUAAGCUUACAGCUGACGUUAUCUUCAGAGAGUGUCAUAACUCUCUGAUUCUCACUGUGAUAAGUUAUACAUUGUGAUACAAGCAGAACACUAAGGCUCGGAUCAUCCUUUUCCUGCUGACUGCUCAUCUACAAUUUAUAAACUAAAAUGCUGAGGGCUAUGCCAUGGAGAAAUUGCCAUGACCAAGACGCAGUGAUUACUGGUGCCUGAGUGGCGGGUUGGCUAUGGAGGGCGAGGACUGUGGGAUGCUUGUGGGGGGUAUUGUCGCUGCUGCUACAGAUGUGAUAUCUUUCUUCGUAAGAUGCCAGUUACGCUACCGCUCACUUCGAAUGUCCGUAUUGACACAGAUACCCAGAAGCUGUUGGUGGCACUCCCUUCCCUUGAGUCCAGGCUGCCAAACAAAGAACCUGAAAUUGCUUUUUUGCGCCGCUUUUUACGGAACCGGUAUCUUCAUCUUAUGAUACAUAUGUACCACAAGUUGAGAGGAAGAGAUGGGCGGUUUGAGCCAGUCUCUGAUUUUGCUGUUGCACAAGCUGCUGAUGUCUAUUGCUCGAUUCGCUAUAAAACAGAGGAAGCAGCUGUGAGGGAGAUGUUGAUGUUGUUAUCCAAGCCUCACUUUCAGGCAAUCCUGUACACUCACGACAAAAUAGCAUGUGCUGAUUAUGAGCCUCAUAUUGACCCCAUUCCUGUGGAGGAGGAUGAAGAGUCAGCAGUAAAGAUUGUUAGCAUCAUUAAGAAGCAUAAUGAACCACUGGGCGCUACAAUUCAGAUCAAUGGGGAGACAGGCUGCAUGGAGAUCGCUCGUGUUCUGCAUGGGGGAGCAGCAGACCGCAGUGGCCUUAUUUCAGCAGGUGAUGAACUGCAUGAGAUCAAUGGAGUUGGAAUAUUUGGAAUGUUACCAGAUGAAGUGGUAGAUAUGUUAUCUAAGGCAUCUGGGUCUGUCACUCUAAAGCUUGUCCCAAGUCACAAGACUUCAGCAGGAAGGAAAGUUGAGAUGAUAGUUCGAGCCUUGUUUGACUUUGACCCCUCAGCUGAUGAUAAUAUUCCGUGCCCAGAAGCAGGCCUUUCUUUUCAAAAAGGUGACAUUCUUCACAUUGUUAAUCAGGAGGACGCCAUUUGGUGGCAGGCCUACAAACACGAAGAUGGUAGCAAGCGAGCUGGCCUCAUACCCAGUAGGCAUUACCAUGAGAGACAAGAAGUUAUACAUAGGGCCAGAUCAAGAGAAGGGAAACACAUGACACGAUCCAUUAGUCCAUGCCGCUACAGCCCAAAGGUACCUCGCAAAAAGCGCUUGAAGAAAACAAUGUAUCAUAUUGUCCAGAAUGGUGUUUUUUCAGAUUAUGACACGGAUGAGAUUCCAGCUUAUGAGGAAGUGGAACUCUACAUACCAAAGCCAAGACAAUUCCGCCCCAUAGUUCUAAUUGGUGCAUCAGGUGUUGGCAGGAACGAGCUGAAAAGGCGACUCAGCAGCAACCCAGGACACUUUCAAGAGGUUGUGCCAUACACUACACGCGAAAAAAGGCCAUUUGAAGAAGAAGGGAAAGAAUACCACUUUUUGACUCGAGAUGAAAUGGAGGAACAGAUUAUCCAGCAAAGGUUUGUGGAGUAUGGAGAAUAUCGAGGGCAUCUCUAUGGUACCAGCCUUGACUCCAUUAAAAAUGUUAUUUCUUCUGGCAAAGUGUGCCUUCUCACCCCUCACACUCAGGCACUCAAAUUCCUUCGUACUUACGAGAUUAAGCCAUACAUCAUUUUCAUCAAAGCACCUCCACUUGAAAAUCUGAAGGAGAGCCGUAUGCCUGCAAGGGCUCGAGCUACAGAAGCUGAUGCUAUCCGUCCUUUUAGUAUUGGGGAACUGGAGGAAAUUGCAGAAGCCUCAGCAAAAAUUGAAGAGCGAUAUGGUCACAUUUUUGAUCAUGUCAUUGUUAAUGAUAGUUUGACAGAUGCCAUGACAGAUCUGCUCAGGGUAGCAGCAAAGAUUGAGAAAGAGCCUCAGUGGGUGCCUGUUGGCUGGGGGCAAUAGUUUUACUUAAUUUUUCUGACAGCAAAAAUGUGUAAUCUAGUCAUUUGCUGCACUGUGGCAAUUAUUACGUGUUCUUCUAAGCAUGGUAAAGGAAAAAGAUAUUCAAGUUGGUGCUAAUUAGGGCAUCAGAGACUUUUGAACAAAGAGAGGCAUUGGCUUUUCACAUAUCACUGAUGACAGGGGCAGUUUGCUAAAUUAAGAACCUUCUCUUCUUUAUGCUGCAUACACUUGAUAGCUUACAUGAUUAUAUGCAGCUGGCCAUCCUAUCAAUUUGAGUUUUCUGAUGAUAGAAAGUCAAUCUUGAUGCUUUGGGAGCGUGGCUGUAUAGACUCUGGGGCAAUGGCAAUGGUUAGCGCCUGUCACCCAUACAGUGAGGGUUGGCUGUCUUCAGGCUCAGCUCUCGUCACGGGCACUCUGUUCUCUCUCUUCUUGUAGCAUCUGUUUACAUGAUAUAGCCUUAGUUGCUGGCUCAGCAUAAAACAAAUCCUCUUCCCCACCCUCCACAACCCCUGUAUGGACUAGUUCUUAAAGAGCUCAGCUGUACGGACACUAGCUCUUGCUCACCUUCCUUUAGGUCAACUACAUCAUGUUUUUAAGCGGUGGGCAUAAGGAAAAUUCAAGCUCCUCAUUUUUCCACAUUUGCAGAGGCCUUUCUACUUACCUUUUUGCACAAAGUUAGGCUGUAAAAUGUGUCCAGAAUCAUUGUUAUUUUGUGAUCAGAUGCAUUGUGGUCUAUGCUGACACCUGAUGACAGUCUUCAAGUGUAAAAAAAUGAGUGUUCUAAAUGUCGAGUUGUGGAGCUUUUUCACGAUUGAAGUAUGUAGGCAGUUGGUAACAAAUGUUUUGUAGUUUUGUUGUAGAAUGGUUAUAGAAUGAUGAUAGCAGAUCCAUGGCGCUGCAAAGUUGAACUAAUCCUUCCUUUUGUAUGUAAGCAGUGGCAAUGAUGAUGGAUGAUGAGUUUUGGGAAUUGAUGUGUGUGGGUGUGUGUAGUCAUAUAUUCUCAUGUGUAUGUAUACAUGGAUGUGAGACUCAGAAGACAUCAUCCUCUUUAUGUGACUACAGCAUGUGAAGACUUGCUAAUAUGCACAAGAAAAGGAGGCAAUCCUGUGUCUCUCAAGCAUAUAAUUUUAAAAGAAAUUAUGUAUGUUAAUGUAUUUCCUGGAAUUCAUCAAAUUCAGUCAGAGAUGACUAUAGGCAUAGUUUUAUGAGCAUCUAGAUUUAUUCCUCAUUAAAGAUUCCUCUGUCAUUAGGAAUAUCUGUUCAUUGUGUACAUGUAUGUAACAUAAUAACCCUUCAUGCCAAGCAAUAUUCACUGCCUUGGCACUGGAUGGCACUUUGCUCACAAGAAAUGCUUAAUUUCUGACAGAUUUUAGAAGAAACAUAUCAAAUUGUCACUCACUAAUCAAUAUUUUAAUUGAUUUGUAAAACAGUGGCUGUUAGUUACGCUUGAGUAAUGUAUUUCAAAAACUUAAUUAUUGCAUUUUUGUGUUCACACCUUAUCAGUAAAAUGUGGACAUUGUUGCUGGUGCCAUACUUCUUUCUGUUGAGAUUUAGGCAGUUCUGUAACCUAACAGCAACAGUUGGUUCCCCAUUUUUUUAAACUUCUUGAACGUGGCCACCCAUCUGUUUGUAUAGAUAAAAGCAAACAGGAUCAAUUCAAUGAGAGGUUCCAAUCGGGCAAAUGUUUCAGGCUAUUGCAUGCUGAGACCCAUCUUUUUGACCUAUUCUGAUAUUACCCUCAUGCUGCCAGCACUUACCUGCUGUACAUAGCUAAGCAAGGCCUUUAACUGGUGGGCCACAAUCAUACUGUUUUGUAGACCAGCUGAUUCUGGUCAGUGCACAACAGGCAGCACUCUGUUGGGUUCUAGCUCAUGCUGGAUUCUCAGGGAAAGAGGCAGCAGAAAUACUGGCACAGCUUAGAGCUAUAUACAACGAGCGUAUUAAGUGAGAUUCAUACAGUAGUUAAUGAUUCCUAAAAUGCUACAAGCACAUCUCAAAACAUCUGAACUAUAACUGAGCAGUGUUAGAUUUCGUGGGCAUUUGUUGAGCUUUUCAUAUGAGACUGAACUAUGUUUCAUCGGAUACACAUCUUGCAAAUGUUGAUCAAACCAUUAAGAGAGAAUGCUCAAAAUCAUCUCAAAGAAAUGAAAGAUCAGUUACCAAAUUGUUGGAUAUCUCAAUGUUUCAGGUAUAACUGUACAGUUUUACCUCAAGAAAUAUCUCCUUAAAUAAAUGACAGCUAGCAUUAGUUUGAUGUCUGAAUGAAUAGACCUAUAUGCUACAUGCUACUUGGAUCAUAUCAGGCUGGACAACCUUACAGUAAGUUCCAAUUACUUUACAACAUCUGAAACAUAUACAUUGUAUUGUCACGCCACUCAUUUAAAUGUGUAUCAGAAAAAAGUAAUUUAUUUCUAUAUUGUUUGCUUGCCCAGGAGUGGUUUUAGAGAUGACAACAAGUUCCUGAAUUUGGCAUUAGAGAGAUUAGGAUUGCUGCCACUUCAGUCACUUCCUUGGAACUCCCCUCUGUUUUCAGUCAGGCUGUCUGGGCAUAGUCAAGAACAUAAACCUUCAAAGUUAUCCUGCAAAAUAUAGUUACUCAAGCACUUAAACCUUUUAAAUACAGCUUUUAGCUCUAUUAUUACAAGGUAAUCGAAAAUCCGACAUUUAAAAUACAUUUUCUCACUUGUUUUCAACGCAUGCAAAAGAUCGAGGAAAAGCCAUUAUUUUAUUUGUCCUUGUUUUGGCUAAUUCCUUGUUUUUUCGUUUUUCUCUCCGUGUUUACACUGCUUCAGGUUAUUAAUGAUGCAAGAAUCUGUUGUUUAGCAUUUUUUUAAUAUUGCUAAAAAUGUUUGUAGUACUUUAUUUGUGCCAGCAUGUUUAGUGAAUAGUGACCAGAGAAAAAUGGUUUUGUAUUGCUGGUUUUUUGUCUGUUGUGCAAACUGUUGUUUGAGUAUGUGAUGGCCAGAGGAAUAAAGAGUUGCCAAAAUGUUUA